GAAGGUAAAGUUUAUUGUAUUAUCAUUUUUGGUAAUAUCAAUAAGGGAAGCAUUUUGCGCACUAGCAGAUGAAAGUUUUAUUGUAUCGUCAACAGAACAACCAAACAACAAAUUCAAGGAAGGGGAGACUAAAGAACUUGAUGAAGCUAACCUUGUUCCAGUGAUUUAUGAAUUAAACGUGCAUUCCAAUGUAACCAAUCGUUACGCUAAAACUUUGAUAACAAAUAGGGUAAAAAACCCAGCUAAGUCAGCAAAGGAAACUACUUUUUCUGUUGUUCUACCUGAAAAAGCAUUUAUAUCAGAAUUUGUAAUGGAAAUUGGCUGGAACAAAUACAGAGCUUACGUCAAGGAAAAAGAGGAGGCUAAGAAAAUAUAUACCAAGGCAGUAGCAAGUGGUCAAAGUGCAGCUCAUGUAGCUGUAAAUACAAGAGAUUCCAAUACAUUUGUAGUUUCCGCCAACGUUGGACCUGAAGAAAAAGCAACAUUCUAUUUGACAUACGAAGAACUUUUGGAAAGAAAAAAUGGCCAAUACGAUUUGGUUCUUAAUAUACGUCCUGGACAAGUAGUUGACCAUCUAAACGUUCAAAACUUGACCUGUAGUUCAAAGAUGGAUACUUCGUACACUUUUUCGUACCAAAGGACGCAGAAGUCAUCCCCAAGCAAGUAUAUUUCAUCUUAGAUACAAGUUCCAGUAUGUACGGUACCAAACUACAGCAACUUAAAGAUGCCAUGACCAGUAUUUUAGAUGAGAUCAAACCUGAAGACUCUUUCAGUAUUGUAGAAUUCAACAGUGAAAUAUAUGUAUGGGACAUAGAAAAUGAGAAAUCAAUUAUUGCUAAGUGGGACAACUACAGAGAGCCAUUUGAAAAAUUAGCUAAACUCAACUUAUCAAAACCUAUAUCAGCAACAAAUGAAUCAAUCACAAAGGCAAAGAAACUUGUAAGCAACAUGAAAGCUGGAGGUGGCACUCACAUGAUUGGUGGAUUAGACGCUGGCCUAUAUCUUGUAAAAUCCGAAAUAGAAAGAACUAAAGAAAGUGACCAUCAGAGAAAGCACCUUUUAAUAUUCCUAACGGAUGGACAACCCAACAUAGGUGUACAUUCUACAGACAAAAUUAUUGAUGUGGUCACUAAGUUAAAUAAAGACAUCAAUGCUCCAUUGUACAGUCUCGCUUUUGGAAAUUCUGCCGACAUAGAGUUUUUAAAAAAACUCUCCUUGAAAAACAAAGCAUUCUCUAGACAAAUUUACGAAGCAGCAGACGCAGCCAUCCAACUGCAACAAUUUUAUAGACAAAUAUCCUCCCCACUUCUAUCAGAUGUUCAUUUUAAAUACAAUGACGACGCUAGCGAAGUAACAAACACAGGUUUUCCUAUUGUCUACGCUGGUGGUGAAAUUGUAGUCACUGGACGCUUCUUAGGUCAUGAAUUUAAUCCUACAAUAAGAGCCGUAGGUAAACGAGGACCUUUAAUGUACAGACCGAGUGUUCACAAACCAGUAAAUUCCCUGGAACGUCUUUGGGCAUACUUGACGGUAAAGGAAACUCUACAAAAGAUGAAAGUUGCUAAAGAUAAAACAGAACUUACCAAAAAAGCUUUGGAACUUGCUCUUAAAUAUUCCUUUGUAACUGACCUGACCUCACUGGUUGUAGUAAAGCCCAACUGUACACAAUCCAUGUGUCCAGAUAGGUACCAAUAUCUUCCAAGAUUGGGAACAACUUCUCAACCUGCAAGAUCUGGAGGCAGACGUGGUCGCACUAGAAGUAGGACUAAAUCUCGAUUUCAAAAUUCUCAUCCGGCUACAGAAACAGUUAAGCGGGUCACACCAGCAACGUCUACUGAAACACCUAUAAACUCAAACCUAGACGGAAGUCUAAAAUGGUUGUCGGCUGCUUUAAGUGAAAACAAAACAUUAUCCCUACCUUCAGGUCAAUUCAAACUUGGUGAAGAUUCAUUAAAAAUUACUCCUACUGAAACUUGUUCAAAAACACCCGAAGGCAAAGAAGGUGUUUGCUCCCUUAUCAAAGAUUGUCCUCAAGUAUUCUCAAAGCUGACUAAUUUCGAAGUAUACAAGACCUUCUCGUGUGUCCUGCAAAAAGAAUACGCUGGAGUCUGCUGCCCAAAGAAAGAUGAAGUUGCUGCUUAA